AUUAAAGCCGAAAUGAAAUAUAUCACCGAUGGUAUCGUAAAUGAAUAUUCAUCAAAAUUUCUGUUACGUGUAACUGAAAAUAUAUCAGAAGUUGCAUUUACUUGGCGAUCUGCUGUUGCUGAACCGAAGUAUGGGUAUUCGAUGCACACAAGACCUGAUGAUGGUGUCUUGCCGGUUCUUCGGAUACCGCGUCAAGGUUUUAUUCCAAACAAGACAGAGGUUUUUAUUGUGGAAUAUCGGUGCUCAAAAGCUGGUCAGUUUGAGGUAGCAUUGUUUGUCGAUAUCGCAUAUCCGUCUAAAAUCAACCGAACUAGUGUAGUUCUGAAACAGCAAAAACUUUGUGCUACUUACGACAAACCUGUAUCUACAGGUAGUUUUUACUUGGAAUAUCAAAAAAAUUUAUUUUCAGGUAUCGCGCUAACAAGUGAAAAUGUUUUUUAUAUGGUAAUUGGCUGUAUUCUGGUAGUGGUUUUUGUAAUUGUUGUCAUACUGAUCUUCUAUUUUCGCUCAACGCAAAACAAUACUCCGAAAUUUCGGCUUGAAAACGUCAGUCAUAGUGAGACACUACAACAAAGAAUGUCGAGAAACAUGACGACUUCAUGUGUACCUGCCGAUUCAGAUACCUUCAGUCUCUUGAACGCUCAUGAACAACGACGAGAACGUUACCUCAGUACCAUCAAUCGGUUAAGUGUCAUGCCACAACUGAUUUACGAUAAACCGUAUGUAAUUGAUGUUGGUUCAACACUGAACGAACUUCACGUUGACAAGAACUGCUUUGAGGUAUUUACAAGCGACAUCUUUGUAUUACCAGUGCACGAGAUAGAAGGGACUUUUGGUGAAUUGAAGUGGGCAAUAUGGAGGAAACGAUUUGGUGUCAAAAAUAGUAAUCUUUCAACAGACGAAGAAAAUGACUUUAUUGAUGAAGUGCUUUUGGUUAAAGCACUGAAGGUCACGGCCGAUGCUCGACAGUUAAAUAUAUUUUUGGAACAGUCCUUGCGGUUUCAUCAUGUUCCGCGUUUCCGUCAUCUUGCUCAGGUGGAAGCUGCUGCAUUUAAUGGGUUGUAUGAUAGCAGGGAAAGAGUUGUGGAUUUCCCACUAAUUUGUUAUAACCAUCAAGGAUACGGUAAUUUGAAACGAUUUUUGCAACGAUGUCGUAGCGGUCUGGUUGAAGAGGUUCAAAAAUCUACAGCAACAAAUUUUGUCCAAACUUUACGUACACACGAGCUGGUGUCAAUUGGAAUCCAGAUACUGAAAGCAGUUCUUCACCUACAUAAGUACAGUAUUAUUCAUAAGGAUAUUGCUGCCAGAAACUGUUUGAUAUCUGAGAUCAGUCAAUCUCCUGAACGAUUCUUUGUUCAACUUUGCGAUUCUGCGCUAAGUAAAGAUCUGUUUCCAAAUGAUUAUCACUGCCUUGGUGAUAACGAGAAUCGACCUGUCAAAUGGAUGGCAUAUGAAUCGUUGAGGAGUAAUUUAUAUACCAGUGCAACAGAUACGUGGUCUUUUGGAGUGACACUUUGGGAACUACUUUCAUGUGGUCAACAGCCUUAUGUAGAUGCUGAUCCAGACGAAAUGAUUUUAUUACUUCAACAGGGCCACCGGCUUUUGCAACCGUACAAUUGUCCAGACGAGCUGUAUCAUAUGAUGCUUUGUUGUUGGCAGUUGGAUUAUCGAGAUCGACCGACCGGUGACCAACUUCUGAAGACUUUGCAGAACUUUAUGAUGCAAUUGUGGCAGUUCAUUUAG